AAUGCCACCACCGGGUGUAAUCGAAGCAUUUUUGUUGGUCAACAAAUUCAAAAUUCUCAAAACAAUUCCAAAAAAAUUUAUUAUUUAUAAGAUAGACGACGGAGAUUUCCCAGCAAGUUGACUGUUUGUUUUACUUCGCUCUUUUUCUUUUCCACAACUUUGACAUUGCGUUUGGUAAAAAUUAACUUCAUCGGACGGCGUGCAUUAAUUCGCGAGAAUGCCGCCCAUACCACCAAAAUCGAUGCCGUCGUUGCCGGCGCUGCUGGGCCAGAGUCCGCGGGCGGAGCUAACAUUCCAAAUAAAGCUGCUGUCUGGAAAGACGGUGGUGCUGGUGGACUGUCCGGGCUAUGAAAGUGAGCUGUUCAUGCCGCAGAUUGUCAAAGGUAGGAUAACGAUGCAAAACAUCAUGCUGAAUCGUCGGUGCUGCAGUGAGUCCAGCCUGACCACAUACCCGUUAGUACUAAGAGGCGGCGCGGGCUGUGUGGUUCAGCCUGUAAGCAGCACUCCGUUGAGAACAUCGCAGAGGGGGAACUCGUCUACACCUCUGGCGAGAAGCACGCCAACAGCACUUUCCAUUCGUCGAAUCAGCGGUGGAAACAAGGCCAUGGAACUGACACCAGAACAAGCGCGUUUCCAAGCAACUCCAUUUGAAGCCGAGAUCCAGGACUUUUCUCCUCAUCUGGGCAUGUCAACUUCCAACUCCAGCUUGGAGUCCCCUGGUGCGCUUCUGCCGCCUGAAAUGUUGAGCAACACAGACUCGAGGAGUGUGUCUGGCACUUCCAGUUCUAAUGUGAACCAAAUUCCACCGCUGGGAAGCUCUAUGCGUAAGCCGCCACCGGAGCGCACUUACACGCGCCGCAAGCCCAACGCGAUCAGCAAAUCCACGCCGACGCCCACCUGGUCACCGCUACAAAAGAAGAAACGUCUACCGGCAGCAUCUGCGACAAAGGUACCAAAUCCGGUCAUGAAGCUAGAGGUGCGCAAUCGGAAACUCAUUGUGGAUGCCAACAAGAGCAUUCCAGCGUACAAAGUGAAGACCGUUAUCAGCACGCCUGUUGUCAAGAAGCGAAUCGUCCAAAAGCAGGUGACUGCGAAAACAAGAAGACAAUUUGAGGCACUCAAGGGCACGGCCUUUGACCUGCUGACUACAUCGGCCCAAGGAACAAUGGCCAAAGAGUUGGUCAAACAGUUUCAGGAUGCCUGCAUGGACAAGCGUGCCACCACAGUGCCCAACUAUGCAGAGCUGUCCGCCAGCUCUCCGCUGGAACUCGACCACGAGGUGAAGUGUUUGCUGGCGAAACGAAAGCGAUUGCAGCAUAUAUCCAGUAACAAGCCAAAGCCAUGGAUGAAGCUAACGUGAUUUAUUGCAGGUCGCCUCGCCGUUU